UCAGUAGGGGGACGGGGAAGAGGCAAGAGGAACUAGCGGGGGAGGCGGAGACGAGGAGCUAGAAAAGGACUCGAAAAUAGGCCGCCGUUACGGAGGGGAACGUUCGGAAAAUUUACGCUCGUCCCUUUCGAUAUGCCGAGAGAAUCGAAACGUCGAAGUUAUCGGUUGCACUGAAGUACUCCGCAUAUUCACAUUGCGCAUACCUUCGUGUUCCUUUACGAUCGUGAUCGACACCUGUUCCUGCCACUUGCACCUUCCGCGCCUUACGAGCCGAUUCCGCAAUCUCUUCGUGCGAAAUCUUGUGCGAGCGCGAGCUAAAAUGUAAAAAGACGAUAAGAUUCUUGAAUUAUCGAACUAUCGAAGUAGAUACGAAGUAAAUACGAAGUGAACACUGACACUGGACGAUACUUCACGAGCAUUCUCUGAAUUGGAGGCGGCCUUUAAUAUACGAGGAUUUUACAGCUUUCUUUUAUCUUGUGUCUAUGGUAUAUGAAAUAAUAUCGAUAUAACGUGAAAUGGCGACGGAGAAAGAUUUCGUAAAUGCUGUAAAAGAAUCACUGAAAGCUGAUGGAGACCUUGAUCGUAUAAAAGCAGAAAUGCGCACGAAAGUAAUAAAACUGCUUGACUGUUCGAGCAAAGAGAGCAAAUCAAAAAUCGUUAAACCCUCUCAUGAUAUUAUAUUCAUCAAUGAACUUGUCAGAGAAUAUUUAGAUUGGAUGGGGUAUAAGUACAGUUCUACUGUAUUUAUUGCAGAAUGUGAUCUUCCAAAAUAUCCCUUGGACCGUGCUUUUCUUACACAAGGUCUAGGAGUUAAAGAUAACGAAAGGAGCAAAAAUUUACCAUUAUUGUGUAGCCUUGUGCAAACUUUUUCUAAUUUAAAAAAUACCUAACACAAGAUGAUAAACGAGUGCCCGAUGAUCAUGAAUUAUUUUAACGCAUCUAAUAUAAUUUUUAAAUGUUAUUUAUUUAUAUCGUAUGUAUAUUACAUACUAAUCAUUUGGAUAUGUCUCUUUUUAUAUAUACAAAUAUAAGAGCCAUUUGAGCACAAAUUAAACACAUAUAAAUCAGCUUUAUCACACCAAAAUAAAAGGAAAAUGCGACACAUUAGUUUUAGAAUUGCAAAAUAAUAUAUGUAUGCUAAAAGAUGUUUCACACACACACACACACACACGCGCGCGCGCGCGCACACACACACACACACACACACACAUAUAUAUACACACACACACAACACGCACGCACACAUAUACAUGCUGUUCAUAUGUGUAAUGUCGAUAUAUAUUCUGGUAAAAUAUAGAACUGCGUUAAAAGAA